AUGCGACAUGUGUCCCCUCCCUUCAGUGGGCUUAAACUCUGGGAUCCCCCUGACAGCAGCAUCCCACUGCCCGGGGCUUCCCAUGGGCUCCCUGUGCCCCUUUGCUCCCAGCUGCCAGGCUGGGACACCUCCAAACCAGGCUGUCCUGAGAGCCAGGAUGGCUCUUUGGCAGCUGGCUCAGAUGGCUACCCUAAAGAGGAAAUGAUUUACAGAUGGAGGAAAAACUCAGUGGAGGCUGCUGACCAGAAGUCUUGGAGACUCUAUCAGUUUGACUUUAUGGGUCUCAGAAAUACUUCAGAAAUUGUGAAAACCUCUGCAGGUGAUUAUGUAGUCAUGACUAUAUACUUCGACUUAAGUAGAAGAAUGGGAUACUUUACUAUUCAAACAUACAUUCCCUGUAUAUUAACAGUUGUUCUUUCCUGGGUAUCCUUUUGGAUUAAAAAAGAUGCCACACCAGCAAGAACAGCAUUAGGCAUCACCACAGUAUUGACCAUGACAACUCUGAGUACCAUUGCGAGAAAGUCAUUACCCCGCGUCUCCUACGUCACCGCUAUGGAUUUGUUUGUGACUGUAUGCUUUCUAUUUGUCUUUGCUGCUCUGAUGGAGUAUGCAACCCUCAACUACUACUCGAGUUGCAGGAAACCAAACUGUACUAAGAAGAAAAAGUCGCUACCUGAUGUCAGCUUUGGUCAUGUGAUGAAUUAUUCUGUACUUGAUAUGAGACCACCAACUACAGUCAUCACAUUGAACAAUGCCAUGUACUGGCAAGAAUUUGAAGAUGCAUGCGUCUAUGAAUGUCUGGAUGGGAAAGACUGCCAGAGCUUUUUCUGUUGUUAUGAAGAGUGUAAAUCAGGCUCAUGGAGGAGAGGACGAAUUCACAUAGACAUCUUAGAACUGGACUCUUACUCUAGGGUCUUUUUUCCUACAUCCUUCCUGCUGUUUAACCUGGUCUACUGGGUUGGAUACCUCUAUCUUUAA